GGAUGGAGCCUGGUGGCGUGGACGCGCUCCGGUGAAGGAGCCUUUCAUCUCACAAUCUACUGCAAAGAGAGGAGAGACGAGCACGGUGUUCGAGACCCAGAGCGACGCCGAGGUCCACAGACUCCCCUCCAGUCGUGACUUCACCAAACUGAUCAAGAACCUUCGGACCGAACUGGUUCUUGUCUCCGUCGCUGAAGCACCAGUUCAAACUGGCUUCCACAGGACAAGAAUGGAAACUCUAACUUCAGCACUCAAGAACUCAACGGAGAACCUGAACUGCCUCGACACCUUCAGUGGUUAUGAGGAUUCACUUCCCUCUGAGUCUCCAGGUCGCAUCGGGCGCCACGUGAAACCCAAAUCCAGCAUGAGCUGCAGGCGGAAGCGCGAGUUCAUUUCUGACGAGAAGAAGGACGCCUCCUACUGGGAGAAACGCCGCAAGAACAAUGAGGCGGCCAAGCGUUCCAGGGAGAAGCGGCGUCUCAAUGACAUGGUUCUGGAGAACCGUGUCAUCGCGCUGAACGAUGAGAACGUGCGGCUCAAGACGGAACUGCUCCAGUUGAAGCUGCGCUUUGGCAUCAUAAGCACAGCCUCGUAUAUCGAGAAGAGCCAGCAGAUCGGUGCCGCCAGCGCCACAGGAACCGGAGGCUCCUCCUCCUCCUCUAAUCAGUACUACUCCAGCGGUUACUCCAGCGGCUCUCAGAUGAUGAUGACGUCCGAUUCCUCCGAGACAGAGCAGUCCGGGCGCAGCGAGAGCCACAGGCAGCUGGUGAAGUACUCCCCGCGUGGUUCCCUGUCCGACAUGUCCGACAGCUCCUCCCGGGACAGCCCCGAGCCCCUCCCCUUCGAGAUCAAACAGGAAGGGGACCGGCUGGAGAUGGACAUCGCCAAUGGCACCACCACCCAGAUCAUGUUCAACAUCCACCACAGCCUGGCCUCUGUACCGACUCACCACCAGAUCCAGCAGCAUUCUCAGGAGCUGGAGGCUGCGUAUCACAGCCAGCAGCAGCAGCAGCUUCAGCAGCAGGAGCCGGUUCCUGCCAUCAGCCCUGUGAGCCAGGCAGCUCCUCACCCGCCUGCUGCCCAGAGGAGCGUCAUCCUGUACGGCUCCAGCAGCGCCUCCUAUCCUGUGGACACCGAUGUGCCGGCGCAGAAGCAGAGCAGCGGCAGCAGCAGCAGCCCGGCGUUUGCCAGUCGACUUCCCUCGAGCUCCACAGAGACCCUGGCAGAAGUGACGGAGCAGCUGGAGAGGAAGACGUUAGACUCGCCUUCGUACGAGUUCUCAGAGAGACAGAUGUAUCGGGUUCCCCAGCAGCACCAGCAGCACCAGCAGCACCAGCAGCACCAGCAGCACCAGCAGGAGAGCGAUUCGUCCCCCGAGCUCCUCCACCAACACAUGGAGGGGGUCAACCAGUCCCACCUGUACCACCAUCUCCAGCAGCCCCAAGAUCCAUACCUCAGUGCCCAGGACGAGGAGCCGCCUGUGCUCACCUACGAAGGCGGAGCCAGGGAUGAGGCCUACUACCAAGGCCCCGCCUCCUCCUCCAGCAAGGACACUUUAUCCAGUGAUGGAGACAAAGAAGCCUCCACGGAUGACGAUGAGUUCCCCUCCUCAUCCUGCUCAGACACGGGCAGCUACCCCAACCAGCACCUGACCAGCCUCCACCAGCCGGCCUCCCACGGCUGCUCUCAGGCCCAGGCCCGGGACCCCCAGGGGGAGGUGAAGGGAACAGCGCUGCCCCACAAACUGAGACUCAAACACCGGGCGAUGAGCUGUUCCGGCCAGGAGUCCCCGACCGAGCCUCCCUCCGCCACCCCACCUCCCCUGCCCCAGCAUCCCUACUUCUCCCUCACGCCACCACAGGACAUUACAGGAGGCGUCUGCAAGCAGGCGGCGUCCGGGCCGGGGGGGGAGGAGAGCGGGACAAAGGAGGCGAGUGGACGACGAAACAAGAGACGAGACUAAGGGACACUGACUUUUAGACUCGUCACAAAAGACAGAAUCUCCUCUCGAGGAAUGACCCUGCCAUCAUGCCUUUGCCCUUUAAUCAACCCCCCCCCCCCCUUGAGCCCCUGGGACACGAAGCUGAGCUUUGUGCACUUUCCUACUAACCCCCGACGUCACGAACAGGCUGGACAUCUCGUAGGGCUGUAAUAUAAUGUGUAUAUAUUGUACAGAUUUGUCAUUUCUUACAUCCUCUCCAUACUUACAAGAGCACUUUUGUUUAAGCGAUGAGAGGAGGAAUGGAACUUCCUGUUUUUCUACUUUUGUCAUUAGUAGAAAAACAUCAGCAAAAGCACAUUUCAAUCAAUUACCAACAAGAAUGUGGGAAAGCACAAGUUUCGAGCUUUAUCAGUGAAUCUGGUACCUGACUGUAGACACACAUACACAUGUAUGGCAUCUGCCUUAAACACAAUGCAAUGCAAACGUACACUGGGGACCCCCCCCUCGACCAAAGAAGCACCAACACUACAAACUCUAAGUUCCAUACCUCCUCCCGGACCCUACCUCUACCCCCCCCCCAUCUCCAUUCUGUCACGAAAGAUCGCCUUCGCCUUUAUUUUCUAAGCACUUGGUUUGUAUAUUACUGUGAUAUAUGAAUAUAUGUAUCUAUUAUAAAUAUAUAUUUUACAAAAAGAAAUUUGAAUACAAAUCCAACUAAAAACACACGACAGACCUGCAGUGGCACAAUAGGAUGUUUUUGAAAGUGACCAUCCUAAUGAGAAUCAGCUACAGUCACAUGUCUGCUGUCGCUACAGGACCCGUUCAAAUUAAAGAUGCCUCUUGAUUGUCGAGCUUUAGCAUUAAUCAUUCGAUGAUGCCAUGUUUACACAGAAAUGGCCGUCCAGGCUGGACUGCACCAGCACUGAAUGGAGAACAAGUUGUUUCCUGAGGCCGGAGCCUCAUUAAAAUGUUUUGGAUUUCUUAACCUUUAACCAGCCUUUAAAUAUUCGGUGGACUUCACCAGCUGCAGGCUCUGAGCCUUGACUUUAUUUGAGCUUUAUCAACCAUAUCUUGUUGUUGUUGUUGUUGUUACCAUUUACUGGCCCAGUGUAUUUAUUUCCCUGUUCUCCCAUCUCACUGUUAGAAAAGCCCACAGGAUCAUAGAGGGAGAAUGUGUACAGACCUUUUCAGACGCAGCACAAACUGCAGCGUCGAGUUCGAACUGUAAUGUGGGCACGUGGGGGGGGGGGGGAGUCAAAUCUGUGUGAACGUGUAAACUACGGUUCACUGAGUUCAGAGUGAGUUCCUCUUUUUAAAAACCUUCCAAACCUACUGUACAUUCACAAACAGAUAAAUUAGGUUCACACACGAUCCCAGAUAAUUAAGUUAUUGAGAAAUAGAAGCAAACGAAAUACCAAACGUUUCAAACCCCUUAAAAUAAUCUGAACUGUGAUUUCCCCCUGUGCCUCCAUUACUCAUGUCAGAGUUGAUUCAUCCCCAGUUUUAAAAAAGAAAAGUCUGUGUACCAUGUUUGGCUUUUUGGUGCUUGUGUAUAAAUGUAAAGUUCCCUCGAACAACUGUAAUGUUUAUUUCAUUGGUUUUAUAUCCUCUUUUUUCAUCGAGGUGUUGUUCUGUUUUCUAUCUGGUGUCUUUCCUCCUAUCGACUGUGAUGACAUGUAUUUGCCUCAUCCCCCCCCCCCUCCCCCUUCUUUCAGUGUGUAUUAAUCAGUAAUGUUUGUGGUUUUGCUGAUGGUUCUAUGAAAAAAAUGAAUGAAACAAGGUUAGUGUGGUGUUUAGAGAUGGUGGUUGGUCUGGUUGGUCGUUACCAUCGCUUCCUUUUGACAUGUAUGUAAUGACACUAAUGUUCACUGUGGAAGAUGGGAGCAUUUCAAGAUCUGAAAAACUAAAUAAAAAAAAGAUUGUUGACCUUUCAACAUAUCAUGACAAGA